UCCUCCUGUGGCAGCGCUGAGGGGGCCAGCAGGGGUAACCACAGGCGCAGUCGUGCUGAACAGAGCUGGCUGGCUUUUGGUUUCUGUCAGGCUGAAGGGAGACGUGGCCCAUGAGUGUAGCAACCGACCCUGCCGUUUAUAUCUGACUUCUGCAAAAGCAAACGGCAUUUCUGCCCCUCUCCCCAGCAAGAGGGCUGCAGCGAUCAACCAGGGUUACUUAAUAUGGGCAAACCCUGGGGGCAGCUUCAGCCCCAGGUGCCUGCACCAAGCCUUGUUCUUGCAUCCUGCAGCACCUGUGCAACCUGCAAUGAUGACCCUGCAGCAGGAGACAGGACAAGGGUGGAGGUGUCAAACUGCCUUUUCUACUGGGAGGGGGGUGGAAUAGGGAGCAGGCACAGAAACCCACCCCCAGCUGUUUGUACUUCUCCCUGGGCUGGGAAUUUCUGGGUCCUUCAAGUCACAGAGGGGAGAUUUCAGGGUGAAACACAGCCUCUGCUUAGGUCAGGUUGUUGGACUCCAGGGUCCUGGCCACAGCAACUGAGGAUAAGAAAAGCCCCUCAGGCUUUUCCCAAGGGAACAAGAAGUUGGUGGGGAGGGCUUGUACAUGAAAUGGCAGGGGACUUUCUUGCCUUUAAAGCUCUGUUUGUAAGUCUAUGAGUUCCAUGUGAGUGCUACCAGAGGUCACAGCUAUAUUAUAUUUGGGCCAGGUACACCCCUAAAUAGGGCCUAAAUUCCCUUGACUCAGUUGUUUUUGAGGGAUAGGAGAUUAACAUCCCUGUCCCUUUCCAUCACAAGAGUCCAGAGCUUCUGGUGCGUGUUUAUGGUGUCAGCCACACAGCACCCUCACCUGGCCCCCAAGGCAAUUGGGAGGCAUUUUGUACGGAAGAGACUGAGGCAGGGAUGGAGCAUGGACCAAGGAAACCUCCUACCCUGGUGCUGGAAGCAGCAGCUUGCUGUGCGAGGGGAGGAGGCAGGUGGCCUUGGGUAUUUUGCCUUCCCCUCGUGCUGGCUUCCUUCCCUACCAUGGCUACUGGUGAAGAGAUCCCCCCUGCCCUGCAGGACUCGUGGGGGGACUUCUGGCUCUUCCGUUUCUUUGUUAAUGCUGCUGGCUAUGCGAGUAUUGUGGUGCCGGGAUACCUUCUCAUCCAGUACUUCAAGAGAAGGAAUUACCUGGAGACAGGCCGAGGCAUUUGCUUCCCUGUCAUCAAAUCGUGCGUGUUCGGCUCUGAGGUGAAGUCUGUACACCAGGAAGAUGGCUCCCUGCCACCCCGAGCAGAGCCCACAGAGUCCUCUACAGCCCGACAGGUCUUCAAGCUGCUCUUCUGCGCUGCUGGCCUACAGGUCUCCUACCUCACAUGGGGUGUCCUCCAGGAGCGUGUGAUGACAAGAACGUAUGGUGCCACCGAAACAGACCCUGGUGAGAAGUUCAAGGACUCCCAGUUCCUAGUGUUCAUGAACCGCAUCCUGGCCUUCACAGUGGCUGGUCUGUACUGCGCCCUGACCAAGCAGCCGCGCCAUGGGGCUCCUAUGUACAAAUACUCUUUUGCCUCCCUCUCCAACAUCCUUAGCAGCUGGUGCCAGUAUGAAGCACUCAAAUACAUCAGCUUCCCCACCCAAGUGCUGGCCAAGGCCUCCAAAGUGAUCCCAGUGAUGAUGAUGGGAAAACUGGUGUCGCGCAAGAGUUACGAGUACUGGGAGUACCUGACUGCUGCCCUCAUCUCCGUGGGGGUCAGCAUGUUCCUGCUCUCCAGUGCUCCCAACAGGCACGUGUCCACUGUCACCACUUUCUCAGGCGUAGUCCUCCUGGCUGGCUACAUAAUCUUCGACAGCUUCACCUCCAACUGGCAGGAUGCCCUCUUCACCUACAAGAUGUCUCCCGUGCAAAUGAUGUUUGGCGUCAAUGUCUUCUCCUGCCUUUUCACGGUGGGCUCACUCUUGGAGCAGGGUGCCUUGCUGGAGUCAUUACGCUUCAUGGCCCGCCACUCAGAGUUCACAGCCCACGCUGUGCUGCUCUCGGUGUGCUCCGCCUGCGGCCAGCUCUUCAUCUUCUAUACCAUCAACCAGUUUGGGGCAGCUGUCUUCACCAUCAUCAUGACACUUCGCCAGGCCUUUGCCAUCCUCCUCUCCUGCCUCAUCUAUGGGCACACUGUCACUGUUGUGGGUGGGCUGGGCGUAGCUGUUGUCUUCAUGGCCCUCUUCCUCCGCGUCUACGCCCGCAGCCGCAUGAAGAAGCGCAGUAAGAAGCUCCCACCAGGCGAGACCCCUGUACAAAAGGUCUAAGGAGCUAGGGCCGUGGCAUUUAAGCCGUGCCUGCUGCCCUGCCUCCACUUGGGGGCAUUUGCUUGAUUUCUCAGAACCUGCUGAGGAGCAGGUGGUGUAUGGAUAGGCUGGACCAGUGACUCACUUUUCCACCUGCUUUUCCUGGGAAAGGGGCUGGAACAAGCCCAGGGAAUGCUCUGGGCUGCCACAGCUCCAAACCUUUCCGUUUGCCUUAAUGGGUCAAAGACUUCCACCCAAGGCACGGGCCUGGGGGCUCGCAUACUAGAGGGAAACCAGCAUGGGGCUGCUGGUACUCCUGCCCCACCUCUGUUUCAGGGCUUCUCUCCGAAGUCAUUGAUGAACAAGGGAACUUUUUUCUUUUUCCCUGGCACCAUCUUGCCUCCGGCAAAUGCUCCUCCAUUUCUGUCACUGCUACAGAGCUCAACAGGAGGAAAGGGCAAGCAAAACACUAGCUUUCUUUUUGAAACACUUCCAUGUGAGGCAAGUCCUAAGCUGACCCUGUCCCAAGGUGGGGGAGCUUCUCAGCCCUCCCUCCCAGGAAGUGCUCCAGGUAAGGCAGGCACAACUAAGGGAAGAGUUCCCAGCCUGUCCUACCCCAGGCCUGGGAUCUGCUCUGGGAGGGCACUCUGCAGUGAAAGCCAGUACCUCCCCAUUUGGUUUUAUCAGUUCCUUGUCCCUGCUCUGAGAUACUUUUUUUUUUGCUCUCCUCGGCCCAGGCUGAUUUUUUUAAUGCAGAGACUGAGGCUGGCCGGUACAGUUCCCAAGGCUUGCUGAGUUUUAGGUUGCUUUUUGGUUACAUCUGCUGUUGUCACAGGCCAAAGGCUGCGCUGCCCAGAAGCCCCAGCAUCGCCUUGGGGUGUCUCAGUGCCACACUUUCUGGGCUUUGUAGUUGCCAUUCAGAGAAGCACAAAUAGUCCCUCUUCUUCCUGCCAACUGGAGGCAUCAGCCCUGGCUUUCCUGGGGCCAGAGCCCCACCUGUGUCUGGAGGGCUGAGAGUUGGGGCAGAGCCUGCUUGCAGUGCCUUGAUCCUGCUCCAUGGGCAGCAGGGGAUGGAGCAAGUGGGCACCUGCUCCUCAGGUAGCAGGGGACAGAGCAGUGGAAGCUGCUCUUCCCCAGGAGCCUGGGUUUUACUGGUUAACCUUUUUCUCCUCAACACAACCUGACUGUCAAGUCAGCAGGUUUUGGUACUUUUGAAAGGCAACUUUUUUCUCUUUUUAUUUUAUUAAAUUAAAAAUAUGCUGCAUAUAGUGCC